CUCUAGGGAACAUAAACACAUGUACAUUCACAUUAAAGCACAACAGUGGUUCGUUGGCUACGCACGUUGGCAGGUAGAGCGGUCCCAUGACAACAGUCAACUAACAGUAUGAGAACCCGAGAGUAUUUUUAAUGUUCUGACUUGUACAGUAUGUGGAUAUGUGAUUAUAGACAGAAUGAAUUGCCAUGAUCCCGAUCCCAUCAACGCUCGUAGUUGACAAUUAGGUCAUGAGUGCAAUGAGCUCACAAGGGGGAUGAUAACAUCAUGACAUCACUGAUAAAUCAGAUGGUACGGUGCUCCGGGUGUUUUUAUGAUGGGGGAUGACGUGAUUCACUUGCUUCUAUCCACAAGGUGACGAUAGAAAAUCUCUCCUCUAAAUGUAAAAAUCAAUAUAGCAAUUUUUAUUGAAAUACAGAUCCACUUUUAAGAUGAUAAUGAAAUAUGAGAUACACCCAUUAUCAUCUUAAAUUCAGCCCGCAGAGCAUUUACAUUAUCAAGAGUCCUGUAAUAUUUCGAGCUGCAAUUUUAUGCCAUUUUUCAUUAAAAUAACUUAACAUUUGGUUAAUUUAUUGUAAACAACAAAAAAAAAUAGUCAAAUGUUUUUACAUGUAGAGUUGCCGUGUGAUAAAAGUUUAAUUCAUUCCACAGUGAGUCUUUCACCCCCUCCCCCUUACUAAAGAGUCAUAAAUGUCUCACGCCAGCAUUUUAAUUAGUGACACCUACUAUAUUAAGCUCAAUAAGCAAUACUUAUAAUUGAGACAGAGCAAUAGAGCAAUGAUCAGUGGACCUCUGCCAGUGCAGAACACUAAUGAGUCGCUGAAUGAGUGACGGGCUGGCCAUUAACAGACAUGCACUUUUAGUUAUAUCAAACUACAGCGGACCUGCACUAUUCACGAUUUAGAUUUAAACAGUAAAAAAUGAUAGAAAGCAAUGGGGAUAAACCACCAAUGAGCUGUUUUCCAUGAAAAACAAGGAAUGGUAUGGUUCAACUACUGUACAUCACUAGUCAUCCCAAAACACACUGUCUCCGAGUAAUUGUCAUCUUCAAUAAUGCCAAGAGACCUAGUUUGCAAAAUGCGUUACAUUUUAAGCCUCCACCUCUGACGCGGUUUGACUGGAAUGCUAAUUGACGCUAAAGACGCCACCACCAUAUACUGUGAAAUAAAUUUGGAAUUUAAUCCAUUUGAGACAGAGAUUAUACAUACUGCAGUGGGUGCUGCAGUAUUGGUCAGCAACAGGCUCCACAGUUUAACGCGUUGAAUAGCGCCUAUGAAAUGAGAUGAUUGAGGCAUGUGUCUUAAAGGGAUGAUGAGCACCCAGGCACUAAUUUGUGCUAUAUUAGCGGCAUAAUCGCUAUUCGAGAAAAUGCAGUUGGUUUGUUUUUCUUUUUUUAUGUUUUAAUAUUUACUUUUAGUUUCCUUGCAAAGAUGGAAUGUUUUUGGCAGGCGCAUAGCUGCGAACCAUGUGAUUCCUCUGUAGCCAAAACAAGAGAACUUCCACAGAAACAUCUUGGGACUGAGCUCACUUGGACUAUCCUUCUCACUAUUAAGAUACAUUCAUUCUAAUUUCAAAGUCUGACCUGAUGGAGACGCUGGAGGACAGGUCAACUCGCUGAUAAGUCUUAUUAUCAAGAGGGUAUUAUGUAGUCAACAAAUAAACAACAAAAACUGGGUCAACAAAUUCAUGUGCAUCAUUUUCUGGAGCCAAAUAUCCCUGGGGUCUGAUUGACCCCAAGGGUAAAAUGUUUUUGCUUGUUAAUGUGAAAAGCUACAAAACUGGUCUCCGUUUGAAAUUCAGUUGGCGUUUCACUGUCAAAAUAUUCAUAUUGAACAUCGUUUUGAAUGUUUAUGAGAACAAUCAAACACUCUAUUUAAUAAACCUGGUACAUUUUGCCGGUUAAUUUGAGGGGAAAACACAAUUAGGAUCGUUUGCUUCAACACGCAACCAGGAAGAAAAACACUGGAACGCACACUCGUCCACGCGCACGCGUCCACAGCGCCGACGAUUACCUCCACAACUCCCAAGCUCUACCGGUUCUGGGGGCCGUGCCAAUAUCUCGCCAGUCCGGCUCCCUCGCGCACGCUCUCUCAACGCCCCCCCACCCUCCGCCUCCUCCACCCCCUUCCCGCGAGCAGCAGGAAGUGCGGCGGCUGCCUCCAGAAGCAUGUGAUGACCCACACCAGUCAGAAAGGUUCCCGCUGGGACCGCAGUCCACUGCAGCCACACGGCCGCAACAUGGGCGGGGACCAGGCUGAGCGCGCCCUCCGCUUUGGCCGGACGAAGAAGAUCGGCGAGGUCAUCCGGCGAGAGAAAAAUAACAAGGCAAUGAAGGACAAGAGGGCCAAUAAAGAUGAGGAAAAGAAGUCCGACAGGAAAUUGUAUCCGCUCCGAGGGAGGCUUGGAGAGGGCUUUAGCUGCCAUGUUCUCCUCACAAGGUUGGAGGAAAGCAUCAGAAAGAAAGCUGAAGAGAGAUCUCUCAAAGCCAAGUCCAGGAAAGGGAAGCUCGGCGAGGCCAAGUUGGCAUCUAAAGUCAAAUCAAAGCUUCUAAGUGCUCACGUCUCACAACCCCGCAAGCGACGCCUGGCCUCUCUCAAUGCCGAGGCCGUCAACACUCUGCUCCUGGAAAGAGCCACCGACCUCCAACUGGCAGCCAAGUUGGCCAAAAGACACCAGGGGGAACCUAUCAAUGGAUCGGGUUCCCUAGAUGUAGUGGCACCUCCAAAACCCUCUCGAGGAAUGGUCUCUAAUCCGUCUUGUUCCCACAAAUUUAACCAAAUCUCCAAGAAGGUCAAGAAAGCCAGGCAUACCAGAGUCGACAAGAAACGGGCCAUGAGUUUGGAAAUUCUGGAUGUGCCGACCCCAAGGCGACUGGCUGGACUAAAUGCUGCCGCCCUGCUGAAGCUGACCAGCUUGUCUGCUGUGUCCAAACAGCGAGUCAAGACCGUAUCCACCACCACUACCACAUCGGACUGCAAGACUCCUUCCCAGAUCCAGACUCAAAAACAGCCUUCAAGAGUUAAACACAAAGAGCGAUCUAAAAAGCAAAAAGAGGCUCCCACGAAGGUCUCCCCCAUGCACUGUUGUUGCGCAGCCUGCAAGGAUAAGGCCGACUUUGAGCCCAAAGUGGACUGGGAGUCUGGCAACCACGUGCUGGCCAAACCAGGCUACCAGUUCCGCAGCAUGUUAAGUUACUCCCUCAAAAACGUGAAGGAAGAACAGCUGGAAACUGAACUGAGCCCCUGCUAUUGCUGCCCCCCUGAGGGCUCCAUGGAAUACUGCCACCGUCUGGCCUUCUUCCUGGGGCACCCUGAGUCGGGCAACCGAGGUGGCACACCCGUCAAACACGAGUGCCUGGUGACCACGCCGUCCCUGACACACUCCCACCCGGCACUGACCCUCAGCCCCCAUCCCUGCCUAUGUUACUACGUCCACAUCGCCCCACACCCGCCGCCACCUCACGCGGCAACGUCGGCCACGCUUGCCCCACGUCCUCUGAACUUUGUGCCACCUGCCUUGUGCCCAAACCGGAUGAUGGGUUCCAAGCUGCUGCCCGGCUCCCGCGUCACCCACACCUCAGGCAUACCUCACCCGGCAUGCUGCAACUCUGUGGCCUCCCCAUGUUACGGCGACACCUGCGGGAUGGGCAACUACACGUGCAGAGCCGUGCCCACCGUCGCCAGCAGGGGGUGCUCUUUCAACGUGGGGUGCACUGGAUGCUCGCGUGGUAUCAAAACAGAAACUUACUCCUCCCCUCAAGGUGACCACAACCCAUCUAUUCUGGUGCCGCCGUCCUUGCCUCUCUCCAACUGCCCUUUAUCCAGCAUGCCCACUUCCACCCAGACUACUACCCCCCACCUGCUCAACCCACUGUCGGACCAUGAGCAGCAUCAGGUGCCACGCCGAGCCUGGCUAAAAGCGGCUGCCAACCAAGCGUCCGGCGUCUCCAACGGUGACCAAAGCGCUGGGCCUCGGCCCCCACAACAAAGGCGAAUUGGCCGCAGACGUGCUACCAACGGAUGGCGGCCCGUGGGGGUCUCCACGGAGAAGGAGGUUUUCAUCGCGGGAGAGGACGAGACGGCACUCAGGCAGUGCUAUGAGGGCGUGGAGAGGGACGGCGAGGUGAUCCGCGUCCGAGACACGGUGCUGCUGCGCUCGGGCCCGAGGAAGAAGUCCCUGCCUUAUGUGGCCAAAAUAUCCGCCUUGUGGGAGGAUCCCAAAACCGGGGAGCUCAUGAUGAGUCUUUUCUGGUACUACCGGCCAGAGCACACACAGGGAGGCCGAGACCCCAGCGCACAUUGCGAGAACGAGAUCUUUGCCUCUCGACAUCAAGACGAGAACAGCGUAGCCUGCAUUGAAGACAGAUGCUACGUCCUCCCGCUAGCCCAGUACUGUAGAUAUUGUGCCUUGAUGAAGCGUCGUUCUGAAGGCGCCCGGCCCAGCGCCGGCAUCAGCAGCGUGGUGCCCUGCUGCCAGGAUUUUGCCCCGCCCUCCCACCGCUGUGUGCCCACGGAUGUGGACCCCGAGCUGGUCUACCUCUGCCGACACGUCUACGACUUCCGCUAUGGACGCAUGCUCAAGAACCUGCAGUAAAAAAGGGACUGGCGACACUGUGGGUGGCGUUGUGCGUGGAGACAAUGUUGUCUUUCCUGUGACAUUGUCAUUCAUAGGCAUAGGUUGGUAUCAAAUUCUGAUGGUGGUAUGACAACCAAAA